AUGUCAAGUCGAUCUAAGACGGGCGCGAAGAACGGUUCUAAGAAAACGCGAUCGAAUGCGAUGUUAGGUGUUAAAGGUGGGAGCGAAGUCCAAGUGGAAGAUGGUGCGUGUAGUAGUGUGUCAGUGGUGGUCGAGGAAAACUCGGAGGCAAAUAAGCAACCGGACGAAACUCUACCCGGACAAGCAUGCAAGACAUGCGAUGGUCCAGACACCGACGACAUGGUUCAGUGUGACGAGUGCGAUAAGUGGUAUCAUUUUGCUUGCGUGGGGGUAACGAAGGAGAUCGAGAACCAGAGCUGGAGCUGUCUCAAAUGCGUUAAGGCAAAAGAGGUCCAGCGACGAACUACAAUCCCCAACCAGAAUCCAGCGCUAGUGAAGCAAUUAUCCGACCGCAGAAACGAAGAACCAGUAGCUACAGAGGAUCAACAACUUCCCGGUGCACAACCGUUUCAAUCACCAAAAACGGAUACAUCGUUCGGGACAAAGGCAGAAUCAAAACAGUCAGUCACAGGAGCCUUAUCAGUUGUUUCACGUAUUUCCUCAAAAUGUUCGUUGCUGAAAUUGGAGUUAAUGAAACUGGAGGAGGAACACGAGCUCGAAAAACAGGCAGCUGAGAAGCGGCGUCUGUACGUUGACAGAAAGUAUGACAUUCUUAAGCAGUUGGCAAACCGAUCAAACGUUGGUUCCUGUGACGGGUUAAGUCGAGCGAAUGACGGUGUGGAAAAUGGUCGUAGUCGAGUGAACGAUUGGAUAAAAAACGUAAACGCAUUCCAAGAUGAAAGAAAUGAAUCGAAUCAGCGUUCAGAGUAUUUUAGUCCUCAGAAAUUUUCUACAUUCAUUUCUUCUUGCACUGCCAGAGAACAAUCUAGUCCUGGGAAUGAACAACGUUCGGAAUCAAAUAAGUCUCAUCACGAUCAGCAGUCGUAUUCGGAAGUUUCUUGCAGCUACAUAAGAAAUUUCAGUCAAAGGUCGAUCCAGGAAUCGGAAACACGAAAUCAACGCCGUGAAAAUCAGCAGCGCACCGGAACCGGUGGUAGUUACAAUGGAAAUCCCAACGAUGAUGAAUUAAAUCAAUCGAUACGUCAGUCACAUACGUACGAUAGAUUCGGCUACAAGCGCGCUUCGAUCCGCGGCCCAUCUAUUCCGUUUCAAAACCAUUCAGUGCAACAGCAUGCAGCUCCGCCGACCAGACAGCAGCUUGCAGCUCGUCAAGCGGUGUCGAGGGACUUGCCCAUGUUUUCCGGCAAUCCGGAGGAUUGGCCGAUCUUCUUCUCGUCGUUCAACAGUACAACAUCAAUGUGUGGAUUCUCAAACGAUGAGAAUAUCGUUCGACUGCAGAAGUGUUUAAAGGGUCGUGCAUACGAAGCAGUGAAAAGUAGACUGAUGCACCCGUCCAAUGUUCCGGGAAUAAUCGGAACCCUUCAGAUGAUGUUUGGUCAACCCGAAGCUAUAGUAUGCUCGUUAAUGAGUAAGAUUAAUGCCAUGCCUCCUCUGAAGGAGGAAAAGUUAGAGACUAUCGUUGAAUUUGCAGUGAGCGUACAAAACUUUUGUGCGACAGUUGAUGCUUGUGGCCUGGAGGAUCAUCUCUACAACGUUUCUCUUCUUCAACAGCUGGUUAACAAACUUCCGUCGUCGAUUAAAUUAGACUGGGCGCGUCAUCGUCGAUCCGUCCCCAGGGUCAACUUGGCGACUUUUGAGAAUUGGGUGUAUUCUCUUGCUGAAGUCAUAAGCACUGUCUCUAUUCCAUCAAUUAUACAGGAGCCUAAGCUGGCUCGUAACGAUGGUCGCAACAACAAGAAAACCAGCGGUUUCUUGAAUGCACAUCUUGAGUCUCCAGAGCAAAACACCGUAGAUACACUAUCAAAUGCAAAGUACGCCGAAAAGACUCAACCCGUCUUCAGAGAUCGUCUAUAUAACCCUUGUUCAGUAUGCAAAGGCACGUGUAAGACGGUGGAGAAGUGCAAACGUUUUCUGGAUCUUUCUCGAGAUGGUCGAUGGGCUGCUAUACGUGAAUUCGGACUAUGUCGUACAUGCUUACGUUGUCACAAUGGAAAUUGCAAGGCAAAACCUUGUGGCAAGAAUGGUUGUACUGUCAGACACCAUGAACUGUUACACAACGAUCAGAAAGCUGAGAGAUCUGCGGCAGUUAUAGCUAAUCCUGUGAGCGUAGCGUCCACAAUAACUGAGUCGAAUCAGUCUCAUGGAUGUAAUCUUCAUCGUACGUUAUCCUCUGCAGUACUAUUUCGAUAUCUUCCAGUUGUGCUGCAAGGGAUCAACAAAACCGUUCAUACCUAUGCUUUCUUUGAUGACGGUUCUGAACUCACUCUGCUGGAUAACAAGUUGGCUGAAGAGUUACAGCUUGAUGGUGAAAUUAGUCCACUCUGUUUACGGUGGACAGGAGGAAGAGAGCGUCAUGAAGAGAACUCCCGAAUUGUAGACGUAGGAAUAGCUGGAAUGAAUAGUAACGCUACUGUGUACAAUCUGCGUAAUGUACGUACGGUGGAAGAGCUGCUGUUACCUCCUCAAACGUUAGACGCGAUAGAAUUGUCCAACAUGUACCCACAUCUCCGGGGUUUACCCAUUAAAUCGUACCGCGAUGCGCAACCGCGUAUGCUUAUAGGUUUGAAACACACGCAAAUCAGUUUGGUUCUGCAAAUCAGAGAAGGUGGUAUGGAUCAGCCUAUUGCAGCGAAGACAAGGCUGGGGUGGACCGUCUAUGGCGGCUCUAUCGAGUGUGUUUCCCGUACAGUGCAGUGUGCCUUCCACGAGCAACACCAAGACCAGCGAACGGACGAAAGCAUGCAUCAAGCAAUGAAAGAUUAUUUCGCUUUAGAUAGUACCGGAGUAUCGAAGCCGGAUAACGUGCUUUUAUCUACUGAAGAUCGUCGAUCCCAACACUUGCUGCAGUCUCUUACUAAAUUUAGGAACGGUCGGUACGAGACCGGACUUCUCUGGCGGUUCGAUCACAUACGUCUCCCCGAUAGCCGCGCUAUGGCUCUUCGGCGUUUUCAUUGCUUGGAAAAUCGCAUGAAGAAAGAUCCAGGUUUGGCCGAAGCUCUCAACUCGAAAAUUUCCGACUAUCUAGCGAAAGGAUACAUCCGCCAGCUUUCAGUCAGCGAACUCGCUCGGCCGUACCAACGAACAUGGUAUCUUCCUAUCUUUCCCGUUACAAACCCAAACAAGCCUGGAAAAUUAAGAAUUGUUUGGGAUGCAGCAGCUACAUCUUACGGCCAAUCUCUUAACACCAAUCUGCUAAAGGGCCCUGAUCAGCUCAGCUCCCUGUUCUCCAUUCUUCUUCAGUUCAGGAAGUAUCGGAUCGGACUGACUGGUGACAUCCGUGAAAUGUUUCACCAGGUGGAUAUCUCUGAACAAGAUCAGCAAUGUCAACGGUUCUACUGGAGAGAUGAGUCCGGAGAAAUCGGUACCUUUGUGAUGCGUGUGAUGACGUUCGGAUCAUGCUGCUCUCCAAGCUGUGCCCAAUAUGUCAAAAACAUCAAUGCUCAGCGCCAUUCUCGAGACUACCCGGAAGCAGCAGAAGUGAUCAUCAAGAGUCACUACGUCGAUGAUAUGUUAGUCAGUGUCGAAAGUGAAGAGCAGGCCAUUGAAUUAGCACAGAAAGUAAAAUUCGUCCACUCGCAAGGCGGCUUUGAAAUCCGCAAUUGGAUUAGCAAUUCGAAUCGCGUCUUAGCAGCUCUGAAAGAAGGAAGUAUUGCGGAAAAGAAUUUGGAUCUGACCUCUGAGAUGGGUACCGAAAAGGUAUUAGGCAUGUGGUGGUGCACGACAUCGGAUACGUUCACGUACAGAGUUGGUUGGAGCAGACUUGAUCGCGCGCUCUUGGAAGGACGUCGUCAUCCUACAAAAAGAGAAGUCCUGCGAGUCCUUAUGACGAUAUUCGAACCUCUCGGUCUAAUUGCUAACUUUCUCAUGUUCCUGAAAAUCCUGCUGCAAGAAGUUUGGCGAUCUGGUGUCCAAUGGGAUGAUCCCAUUGACGAAUUGUCGUACGAAAAGUGGAAACUGUGGCUAAACGUUCUACCUGAAGUGGAGAAAGUGUCAGUCCCUCGCUGUUAUCGAGUUCUUACUAGUCUCAGCGCUAGAAUGGAGAUUCAGUUGCAUACAUUCGUUGAUGCUAGCGAGAACGGGUUCGCAGCUACUGUACAUCUUCGAUAUGUCCAGAACGGCAUGGUGGAAUGCAACUUAGUAUCGGCCAAGACGCGGGUGGCCCCAGUGAAAUUUACUUCAAUCCCAAGGCUCGAGCUUCAAGCUGCUGUAAUAGGUACACGGUUAGCACGAACGAUUGAAGAAUGCCUCUCCACUCCUAUAUCUAAACGCUACUUCUGGACUGAUUCAUGGGAUGUCAUUUGCUGGAUAAACUCAGAUCACCGGCGGUACUCACAGUUCGUUGCGUUCCGUAUUAGCGAAAUUCUCGAAUUAACUGAAAUUAAUGAAUGGCGCUGGGUACCCACCAAGUUAAACGUAGCUGACGACGCUACUAAAUGGGUUGGUCGACCGAAUAUGACUCCUGAAAACAGAUGGUUCAAAGGACCUGAAUUCCUCCAGCGUCCGGAAGAGGAGUGGCCUAAGUCUCCAACCAGAAAGAGCUCAACCACAGCAGAACUUCGACCGAGUCUUUUACUGCAUUACAUAACUCCUGAUGCCAUUAUUAUCGUAAACAAAUAUUCCAGUUGGAAACGGCUUGUCAACGUCGUCACACGUGUUUAUCGUUUUCCUGCAAAUUGCCAUCGCAAACAGCAAGGGAAACCAAUCGUAACCGGUCCUCUCACAACCGAAGAACUGCAGACUGGAGAGUGUUACCUCUAUCGCCGUGCGCAAAUAGAAGCUUAUCCGGAGGAAAUAGCCAUAUUACUGAAAGCCCAGGAAUACCCAGAAGAACCACGCAAGCAAAUACCAAAAAAUAGUGAACUCUAUCAGCUAUCACCGGUACUUGAUCGUUACGGAGUCGUAAGAAUGCAAGGAAGAACGCGGCACUGCGUCUAUGCUACUGAAGAUGCAAAAAACCCUAUAGUUAUGCCACGUGACCACUACAUAACCACCCUGAUAAUAGCAUAUUACCACAAUAAAUACCACCACCAGAACCACGAAACCACCGUAAAUGAGCUUCGCCAGAAAUACAAGAUCGCUAGACUUCGAGUAUGUUACGCAAAGGUCAGAAGGCAGUGCCAGCGGUGUAAGAACGACAGCGCUGUUCCGUAUCCCCCGAUCAUGGCUGAUCUUCCGCCAGCACGAGUUGCGGCUUUCUCACGACCGUUUACGCAUGUUGGCGUCGACUAUUUCGGGCCAAUGGAGGUUGUCGUAGGAAGAAGAGUGGAGAAACGAUGGGGAAUGCUAGCCACCUGCUUGACAAUUCGCGCGAUCCACAUUGAAUUAGUACACUCACUCAACACAGACUCAUGCAUUAUGGCUCUCCGCAGAUUUAUCGCCCGUCGUGGUACGCCAAAAGUACUGUUCAGCGACCGCGGGACAAACUUCGUGGGCGCAAGCCGAGAACUUCGUGAGGCUGAGGGUACUAUAAACCAGCAGAAAAUUAUGGAAGAGUUUGUCUCCACAGAAACCCAGUGGCUGUUCAAUCCACCCGCCGCACCGCACAUGGGCGGCAGUUGGGAAAGACUAAUUCGCACAGUAAAGAAAAAUUUAGCCUCUAUAUGCCCAACAAAGAAACCUACAGAUGAAGUACUCCGCAGCCUUCUGACCGAAAUUGAAAGCGUGGUUAAUUCCCGUCCAUUGACUCAUGUACCAAUCGACGACGAAUCGGACCCUGCUCUUACUCCGAAUCAUCUUCUGUUCGGCUCUUCAAACGGAACUAAGCCGUUAUCCGUAAACGACAACAGCGGUUUGGCGUUAAAGCAAGGAUGGCGUGCCUCUCAAACUCUAGCUAACCAGUUCUGGAAGCGCUGGCUAACAGACUACCUGCCAGAAAUCACCAGACGAACAAAGUGGUUCGUCCACACACGGCCAGUUAGGAAAGGAGACAUCGUGGUCAUCGUAGAUCCUAAGCUGCCCCGAAACUGCUGGCCGAAGGGCAAGGUCAUCGAUACCUGCGUAUCCAAGGACAAUCAGAUACGUUCUGCAACAGUGCGUACAGCGAGUGGCGUGUACGAGCGACCCGUGACCAAGCUUGCAGUUCUGGACGUCUUGCGUGACUAG